AAACGGAGUAGAAAAAGAGGCACAUAGAGCCAAUAUAAAAACCUUUCCUUUUCGCUCUUUUCAAUGCUCACUUUCCUCCACUAAUAGUAUCUCUCUCUCUCUCUGUCUCUCGCCGCUGCUCUCUUUCAACGCUAAGCGAAAAGGCGGAGAGAUACAGCUCACACAAAUCGCCGCCGCUCUCUUCUCAUCUCAUCAGGGGAAGUCACAAUGGCUGAUCAAGUUCAAUAUCCAAGUGUUAUGCAGAAGGUAGCUGGCCAGUAUCUUCAUUCUAGCCUUUCCCAAGACUUCCAGGGUUUUGAUGGGUCUCUCCAGAGACCUGCUCUUUACCAAAGGCGUGCAUAUGGAAACUACACCAAUGCUGCAUUCCAAUAUCCAAUGGGUUGUGCAGACUUAUCUGUUGUUCCAACAACUGCAUCAUCUGUUUGUGUUCAGGCCCCUUCUGAAAAGGGCUUUGCCGGCUUUGCUAUUGAUUUUCUCAUGGGUGGAGUCUCUGCUGCUGUAUCUAAAACAGCUGCUGCUCCAAUUGAACGAGUUAAGCUUUUGAUCCAAAACCAGGAUGAGAUGAUUAAAAGUGGCAGACUCUCAGAACCCUACAAGGGUAUUGGUGAUUGUUUUAAGCGAACAAUUAAGGAUGAAGGAUUUGGUUCUUUGUGGAGGGGUAACACUGCCAAUGUCAUCCGAUACUUCCCUACUCAGGCUUUGAACUUUGCAUUCAAAGAUUACUUCAAAAGGCUCUUCAACUUUAAGAAAGACAAAGAUGGGUACUGGAAAUGGUUUGCCGGUAACUUGGCAUCUGGUGGUGCAGCUGGUGCUUCUUCUCUACUCUUUGUCUAUUCCCUGGACUAUGCUAGAACCCGUCUUGCCAAUGAUGCCAAGGCUGCAAAGAAGGGAGGAGAGAGGCAAUUUAAUGGACUUGUUGAUGUCUACAGGAAGACAUUGGCAUCUGAUGGUAUUGCCGGACUUUACCGUGGAUUUAACAUUUCAUGUGUUGGAAUUAUUGUCUACCGUGGUCUCUAUUUUGGAAUGUAUGACUCCUUGAAGCCUGUGGUGCUUACUGGAAAUCUCCAGGAUAGUUUCUUUGCUAGCUUUGCACUUGGUUGGCUCAUCACUAACGGUGCUGGUCUUGCAUCAUACCCCAUUGAUACUGUUCGUAGAAGAAUGAUGAUGACCUCUGGUGAAGCUGUCAAGUACAGGGGUUCACUUGAUGCCUUCUCUCAGAUCUUGAAGAAUGAGGGUGCUAAGUCUCUCUUUAAGGGUGCAGGAGCAAACAUUCUCCGUGCCGUGGCUGGUGCUGGUGUGCUUGCUGGAUAUGACAAGUUGCAGCUGAUUGUCUUUGGCAAGAAGUAUGGAUCUGGUGGUGCUUAAGGAACUCAAUCUCUUGAGGUCGUUGUUUGUUUUAGUAGUUUUAGAUGGUGAUGAAAAUCUUGACUUCUGAGAAUUUAGCCCGGCGAAAUUUUCUUCAAAUAAUUCAUUUGUAGGGGGGAAUCAUCCCCUUAACACAAAUUACAUUCGGAUGGAAUUUUUGAUUUUGGAAACCUGAUUCAUAUUAGUUGUGGCCAAUGCCACUACUGCUUUUUGAAGUUUAUUUAUAUAAUUGACGGAUUUCUUCAUAAUA